GAACUGAUGGGUGAUUUCAUGUAACACCGGCAGAGAGAGAGAGAACGAAAGAGAGAGAUUGGUUAUGUGGCAGCCUGUUACAGAAACUGAUCAAUCCCCGACAGAGGCGGAAGGGUCACUUGGUUCUGUCUCACUCUCAGCGGCUGACGGGGAGAUGCUCACUGUUGUCUGGAUGACUUUACAGGCUGUGCGUCACGGCAGCGCGUAGAAUAAAUUAACAGGCGAUUUAUCUCGCAGUGUCUGGCGUCAACACACAUUUACUGACUGAUUGACUGACUGACCGAGACGCGGGACGUUCCUCCCAAAUCCCAGCGAAAUAACCCGCGCUACCCAUGAAUGAGCCUCUUCUUAUUUCAAGAAUAAUGUGAAAAUCACUGAAGAAAGACAAGACGGCACCUCAUCUCAUCUUUUUCAGCACAAUCCUGCUCCUUGCUGACACACUAUUCCAGGUGUUUUGUCUGAGCUCUGUAUGGCGUGGAGCCCUGUUGGGAUGGGAACGUGCCUGGAGAAAAGAUGGACUUACUGUGCCCUCACUAAAGGUCACAGUCCUCUGAUGGUCAUGUCAUGGCCCAUGGCACUGUGGCUACUGACUUUAAUCACUGUGAGUCAAAAGAUGACUGUUGGACAGACAUUGAACACCUUCCAAUCAGAAAGGAGGGAGUGGCCGCUGAACCACCUAACUGUGCAUCAGUCCACUGGGGCCCUGUAUGUCGGAGCUGUCAACCGCAUCUACAAGUUGUCGGCUAAUCUCACCCUCUCGGUGUCCCAUGAUACAGGGCCUGAGUAUGACAACAAAGCAUGUUACCCUCCACUGAUUGUCCAGCCCUGCUCUGAGCCUCUGGCCUCUACUGACAAUGUUAAUAAACUACUGCUCAUUGACUACUCUCACAACCGGUUGCUGGCUUGUGGCAGCCUGUACCAGGGUGUCUGCAAGCUGAUGAGGUUGGAUGACUUGUUCAUCCUUGUGGAGCCCACACAUAAGAAGGAACACUACCUGUCCAGUGACAACCAGACAGGCACGAUGUAUGGGGUUGUUGUGCCCUCACAGGGCCAGGAUGCCACUCUGUAUAUUGGCACAGCUGUUGGAGGCAAGCAGGACUACUUCCCAACUAUCUCCAGCCGCAAGCUGCCUCGUGACCCAGAAUCAUCCGCCAUGCUGGACUAUGAGCUCCACACUGACUUUGUUUCAUCUCUCAUCAAAAUCCCCUCUGACACAUUGGCUCUUGUCCCAUACUUUGACAUCUACUACAUCUAUGGCUUUGCAAGUGGCAGCUUCGUCUACUUCAUGACCGUCCAGCCAGAGACUCCAGAGAACGGGAUGCCUGCAGGCAGCUCACAUGGCGACUUGUUUUACACUUCCCGCAUCAUUCGGCUCUGCAAAGGUGACAAGAAGUUCCACUCCUACGUGUCACUUCCUGUGGGGUGUAUACACAGAGGCGAGGAGUACAGACUGCUGCAGGCCGCUUACCUGUCCAAGGCUGGCAGGGUUCUGGCAAAAUCGCUUAACAUCAGCAUUCAAGAGGAUGUGCUCUUUGCUGUGUUCUCCAAGGGACAGAAACAGUACCACGAACCCCCAGAUCACUCUGCUCUUUGCAUCUUCACCAUCCAAGACAUCAAUGCACGCAUCAAGGAGCGGCUACAGUCCUGCUACCAGGGAGAGGGAAACCUGGAGCUGCACUGGCUGCUGGGAAAGGACGUGCAGUGCACCAAGGCGCCCGUACCCAUAGAUGAUCACUUCUGCGGCCUGGACAUAAACCAGCCCCUGGGGGGUUCACAGUUGGUGUCGGGUCGGACAAUGUACACCGAGAGCAGAGACAGGCUGACCUCUGUUACCUCCUAUGUCUACAAUGGACACAGCGUGGUUUUCCUGGGCACCCGAAGUGGACGGCUGAAGAAGAUCAGGGUAGACGGUCCUUUGCAGGGAGGAGUGUUGUACGAGACAGUGACUGUGAUGAAGGAUAACAGCCCCAUCCUCCGGGACAUGGCCUUCUCCCAGGACGGGAACUCUCUCUAUGUCAUGUCAGACAGUCAGGUGGCUCAGGUCCCUGUGGAGGCCUGUGAACAGUACGGUACAUGUGCCGAGUGCCUGAGCUCUGGUGACCCACAUUGUGGCUGGUGUGUCCUCUACAACAUGUGCUCAAGGAUGGAUCGGUGUCACAGGGCGGAGGAAACCUUUCGUUUUGCCACUGACAUUGACAGCUGUGUGAAGGUCAUUGCUCACCCAGAUAGCAUUGCUGUGUCAGCACACAGUAUCCCUCUUCUGCUGGAGGUGAAUAAUGUUCCAGACCUUUCUGCUGGAAUCACCUGCUCAUUUGGCCAGCAGGCCCAAGUGGAGGGUCACGUCAAAGGGAACAGGGUUAUGUGUCUGUCCCCAGCUGGGAAGGAAGUCCCUCAGAUACCAGAAGGGCAAGACUGGGCUGGCGUAGAGCUUCGUCUAAACUCAAAGGAGACAGGUCAAAUGGUCGCCAGCACGGAGGUGAAGUUCUACAACUGCAGCACGCAUCAAACGUGCCUGUCCUGUGUAAACAGCACUUUUCUAUGCCACUGGUGUAAGUACCGCAACCUGUGCACCCAUGAUCCAAGCAGCUGUUCCUUCCAGGAGGGCAGAGUCAACACCUCGGAGGAUUGCCCUCAGCUCCUCCACUCUGGGGAAAUCCUCAUUCCAGCCGGUGAGGUUCGACCCAUCACCCUGAAGGCCCGGAACCUUCCUCAGCCACAGUCGGGACAGCGGGGCUACGAGUGCGUGGUGCACGUGCAGGGUGUCAGCCACCGUGUCACGGCGCUACGCUUCAACAGCACCAGUGUGCAGUGCCAGAACAGCUCGUACAUGUACGAGGGUGUGAAGAUCAGUGACCUGGCAGUGGACCUCUCCAUUGUAUGGAACGGCAAUUUCAUCAUCGACAAUCCUGAGAAGAUUAAAGUGCACCUCUACAAGUGCAGCGCCCAGAGAGACAGCUGCGGCAUGUGUCUGCGGGCAGAGAGGAAGUUCCAGUGUGGCUGGUGUAGCGGCGAGGGCCGAUGCACCAUGAAACAGCACUGUACCCCCCACUGUACCCCCGUCACCCCAUACGCUAGCCGCUGGCUGGACCUCUCUGCCAAGAAUGUCAAGUGUACCAACCCACGCAUUACUGAGGUGAGCCCUGUGGCAGGGCCUCUGGAGGGGGGCACACUGAUCACGAUCCAGGGCCUGAACCUGGGUUUGUCCUUCUCUGAGCUGCAGGGUAAUGUGGAGGUGGCUGGAGUGCAGUGCACCCCACAGGAGGAGGGAUAUAUUACUGCAGAACAGAUUGUGUGUGAGAUGUCUGCAGCUCCUAAAGGAAGUGCACCAGGUCCAGUUAAGCUCUGUGUCGGCGAAUGUAGACCGGAACUACGCGCACAGUCCUCCCAGCUCUACUCCUUUGUGAUCCCCUCGAUGCUGGCGCUCACCCCAGGCAGAGGACCUGAGUCUGGGGGCACCAAGGUCACUAUUGUCGGGGAGAAUCUGGGUGCCGGAAGCACUGUUAAAGUGUACUUUGGUAAUCAGACCUGUGAGCUGUACAGGAGGACCAUGUCAGAGAUUGUGUGUUUCUCUGCGCCAUCGGUGACAGGAGCGGGACCAGUGCAGGUCGGCUUGAGUGUCGACCGGGCCGGAGUUCCUGGGAGUUUGGCUUUUGACUACAUUGAAGACCCCACAGUCCAGCACAUUGAACCCCUGUGGAGCAUCACCAGUGGACACACCACCCUGACAGUGACCGGGACCAACCUCGACGUAGUUCAGGAACCACGGGUCAGAGUCAAAUAUGCAGGGCACGAAUCUGUCAAUGUGUGCAAAGUGAUGAAUACAACCACCAUCAGCUGCUUCGCCCCGUCUCUGAAGGCCGAGUACACCACAGACCAGGAGACGGUCAAACACGUAGACGAGUUUGGCUUCGUCUUCAACAACGUCCAAGCGCUGCUCACUUACAAUAAUACAAGCUUCAUCUACUACCCCAACCCUUACCUGGAGCCCCUCAGCCUAUCAGGUGUUCUGGAGCAGAAACCUGGAGCUCCCAUCAUACUCAAGGGACGUAACCUGGUGCCAUCCGCAUCCGGUGGAGCCAGGCUGAAUUACACAGUGCUGAUUGGGGAUACACCUUGUUCUCUCACUGUGUCUGAUACUCAGUUACUCUGUGAACCACCAAACCUCACAGGGCAGCACAAAGUCCUGGUCCAAGUAGGAGGACUCCACAUCUCCCCAGGGGAAGUUCACAUCCGGUCCGAUAGCUUGCUCACUCUUCCUGCUAUCUUCAGUAUCACAGCUGGAGGAGGGCUACUCCUCAUCAUUGUCAUUAUAGUCCUACUGGCCUACAGACGGAAGUCACACGAGAACGACCUCACUCUGAAGCGUCUGCAGAUGCAGAUGGACAAUCUAGAGUCCCGAGUGGCGCUAGAGUGCAAGGAGGCCUUUGCAGAGCUACAGACAGACAUCAACGAGUUAACCAGUGAUCUGGACAGAGCUGGCAUCCCCUACCUAGACUAUCGCACUUAUGCCAUGAGGGUCCUCUUUCCCGGCAUGGAUGAUCACCCUGUGCUCAGAGAGCUGGAGGUGCCGGGAAGUGGACAGGCAAAUGUGGAGAAAGCCUUGAAGCAGUUUGCUCAGCUGGUGAAUAACAAGGUUUUCUUGCUGACAUUCAUCCGCACACUGGAGCUGCAGCGCUCCUUCUCCAUGCGUGACCGCGGCUACAUGGCUUCACUCAUCAUGACCGCUCUGCAGGGGCGGCUGGAAUACGCUACAGACAUCCUCAAACAUCUGCUCUCCGACCUCAUAGAACGGAACUUGGAGAGCAAGAACCACCCCAAACUACUACUCCGCAGAACAGAGUCGGUGGCAGAGAAGAUGCUAACAAAUUGGUUUGCCUUCUUGCUCUACAAAUUUCUCAAGGAGUGUGCCGGCGAGCCUCUAUUCAUGCUGUUCUGUGCCAUCAAACAGCAAAUGGAGAAGGGACCCAUAGACUCCAUCACUGGAGAGGCACGCUAUUCUCUUAGUGAGGACAAGCUCAUCCGACAGCAGACUGAAUACAAGAUGCUGACGCUGAGCUGUGUGAACCCAGACAAUGAGAACAGCCCAGAAAUCCCUGUCAAGGUGCUGAAUUGUGACACCAUUACCCAGGUAAAGGAGAAGAUUCUGGAUGCAGUGUACAAGAACAUGCCCUACUCUCAGCGCCCACGAGCUGCAGACAUGGAUCUUGGUGAGAAGCAACACUCUCCAGCACUGAUGGUCCUCCAGGAUGAGGAUAUCACUACCAAGAUAGAGAGCGACUGGAAGAGGCUCAACACACUCAUGCACUAUCAGGUGUCUGACCGCUGUGUGGUGGCCUUGGUGCCCAAACAAAUGCUGUCGUUCAACAUUCCUUCUUCAGCCAGCUUCCCACGCAGUAUCAGCAGAUACGGUGUAGACAUAUCCUUCCGCUCCACUCCUACCAGCCCUGACAGCCCCCACUCACGUGUGCCCAUGCUGACCCCUGACCUGGAGAGCGGGGUCAAAGUUUGGCACUUAGUCAAGAACCAUGACCAUGGGGACCAGAAAGAAGGUGAACGUGGCAGCAAGAUGGUGUCUGAGAUCUAUCUGACGAGGCUACUAGCAACAAAGGGCACGCUGCAAAAGUUUGUGGAUGACCUGUUUGAGACUCUUUUCAGCACUGUAUGUCGAGGCACUGCCCUGCCUCUGGCGAUCAAAUACAUGUUUGACUUUCUGGAUGAGCAGGCUGACAGACAUGGUAUCCAUGACAUGGACGUUCGCCACACGUGGAAGAGCAACUGCCUGCCCCUGCGUUUCUGGGUAAACGUGAUUAAGAAUCCCCAGUUUGUGUUUGACAUUCACAAAAGCAGCAUCACAGAUGCCUGUCUGUCUGUGGUGGCCCAGACCUUUAUGGACUCUUGCUCAACGUCUGAACACCGUCUGGGCAAAGACUCACCAUCAACCAAACUACUCUAUGCCAAGGACAUACCACAUUACAAAAGCUGGGUAGAAAGAUACUACGCCGACAUCAACCGCCUGCCUGCCAUCAGUGAUCAGGACAUGAAUGCCUAUCUGGCUGAACAGGCUCGCCUCCACUCCAGUGAGUUCAACGUGCUCAGUGCCCUCCAUGAGGUCUACCAUUACGUCAGCAAGUACAGCCAAGAGAUCACCGAGGCACUGAAGCAGGAUGAACAGGCCAGGAAGCAGAAGUUGGCAUAUAAAGUGGAGCAGAUAAUCUCUGUCAUGUCUGCAGAGAGCUGAGACAUGCACACAGCUACAUACACACAGUACAUUCAUACACGUGUACAUGUCCACUAAGCCCACAUACUGACAUAGACAGAGACAUGCAGACUUUAUGGACCUACUUUAUAUGACAAUACACAAAGAAACAUACACACAUAUACAAAAGUACAUAUAACACACGCUUGAAACAGCAGAUCACCCAAAGCACGAUUUUUGAAUCCAAUGUCAGAAUAUUUUUCAGAAGAAACGCCAACAGGCAAACAUCCAACUUCUAAAACACUCCUACAGACAGAGAGAGGAAGAGGAUUUGGAACAUCACGGUUACUGAAUCUGCAGCCGAUUAUUUUACGCUGCGUAAAGGUUUGUCUUUGUAGUCGGUGCUUAUAUUGAAUUUGUGUGUGGCAUGAAUGGUGCUCUGAAGAGAACUCAGCCGAGAAUGACUCAACUUGAAAAGUAACCGGAGCAGCUCAACAUCAAUGAAAUGCAAUCCACAAUAUAAUGGGAUAGCACGUGAUGAGACAAGACAAAACGAAGAAGACUUAUUCGCAGUACAUAUCAUGGGCUUGGAGUGACAUUGCCAUUUGAAGCAGAGACAUGGGACUUUGUGUUGUUAAACCUUUUCUUACUGCCUUUUAAAAGGACAACACUUAAGACUUUAACAUUCUUUUCAUUUUUCCACUGGAAGCUCACCAUCAUGAGUUAUUUUGUUUAAUGAAGAUGUUCUGAAAUACUACAAGGUGAGGGUCCAGCUCUUUAAUAAUGCAACACUGAGAAGUCUGAAAUAUAUGUAGAGAUAAUUCCAGACCCAACUCGCCUUUUUGUGCCAAAUAUAAUAUGUCUCAUGUUUCAUUCAUGUUAAAUGCUCCUGUAGAAACAAUUAAUAAUACACGCCCGUUGUACAGAAAAGAUCCCAUUUAAGAUAGGGCAUUUUGUACAAUGAUCUAUAGACCACUAGAAUUCAGCCAUUCAAAGAUAAGUGGAGACUGAUACUGAACUGUAGUAGAAAGCAUGAUUAAUAGUGCUUCAAGCCUGAUUGUGGGUCCGAUUAGCCCAACCCUGGCCAACAGCGCUGCUCCUCCACCUUCCCCAUCUCAUCAAGACAUCGUUUACACCGAAAUGAUACUUGAAAUGCACCAAGUGUACGAGAUAUUAAGAACACCUGCUGCUCCUGAGGAGUAAUCUGGUCAGAUUAAGUUAAGAUGAAGGCCUUCAUGCUGUAUUGAUUUACCCGAUAAAUCCACUUUGAACAUUAUCUGGAAAUAAACAUAGGAAAUAAGCUGGAGAAGGAUUUCUAACCCUGUUGAUCUGGAGAUGUAUAAUACAAGUAUUCCUUAUAUUUUGUACAAAGACUGGAUAUAUGCUUAACGAUGUGUUUGGAUCAGCAGUUGGUCCGUGUAAAGUUAAUCCCUUAACGUCUUGCUUCACAGAGCUAUCUUUGCUUUAAAUCUGACUGUUACCAUGUUUAAGCGCUCAAUUCAAAGUUUAAAUUUUGUGUUCCAAUGUACAUUUUACCGGAGUGCUUGUUGUCUCCUUGCUGCUGUAUUUAUAGAGCGCCAUAUCUGAACUCUAAAGUAAUCAUCCAUGAUAAAAAAAUUCUGUCUGAGGCAUCAUGUUAAUUCAGAGCUUUAGUUUUGAGUGUUUGUGUUUCACCCAUUGCGAUGAUGAAAUAUGAACAUCUUUCUGUGCUUCAGGCUGUUUCGUCAUUACAUAUAAUGUCACCGCAUCAUGUCACUCUCCUUUAUUCUGGAGCACUGCUCUUUGAAUCCAUUCAGUAUCAGUGGGGUUAAUAUACCCACCACAGGAACUUGAUUCAUGUUAAUCUAAAGGAUGAUAAUAAAUAAAAAAGAAAUUCAUUUCCUGUUAAGUGUUAACAUGACACAGAACUCAUUGUUUCAUGUGUGAUUUGAUAACGUGUGUGUUGUGCAAUAAACUGUCAGACAUUUAAACUGUUUUUUAAACUAUAUAUUAUUGUAUAAAUACUGUACAUAAAAACACUCCUAUUUUGCAAGCAAAAGAUUCACUUUGUACCGUUGUUA